GGUGCCCUAACCAGCAUACAUCCACCGAUAAACAGAGAAAAUCUCAAGAGAGAUCUAGAUCCAUGGCGGCCAACCCCAAGGUCUUCUUCGACAUGACCAUCGGCGGCGCUCCGGCGGGCCGGAUCGUGAUGGAGCUGUAUGCCGACGUGGUCCCCAACACAGCGGAGAACUUCCGCGCUCUCUGCACAGGCGAGAAAGGCAUCGGCAAAUGCGGGAAACCACUCCACUACAAAGGAUCUACCUUUCACCGUGUGAUCCCCGGCUUCAUGUGCCAAGGAGGCGAUUUCACCGCUGGUAACGGCACCGGCGGGGAGUCGAUCUACGGAUCCAAGUUCAAGGAUGAGAACUUUAGCCGCAAGCACACCGGUCCCGGCGUUCUUUCCAUGGCCAACGCCGGCCCCAACACCAACGGCUCCCAGUUCUUCAUCUGCACCGCCCAAACUUCGUGGCUCGAUGGGAAGCACGUCGUCUUCGGGCAGGUCAUCGAUGGCUUGGAUGUCGUCAAGAAGGUCGAGAGCGUUGGAUCUCAGGGAGGAAGGACCUCGAAGGCCGUCACCGUCGCCGAUUGUGGUCAGCUCUCCUAAACGGGUCUCAGCUUUUGCUGGAUCCGAACCCGUUUACUUAUUAGAUCCGUUAUCUGAUUAGCGGAUCCUUUUAUCUUACUUUUUAAUGUUCGAGUGUUCUAGAAUGGAUCUUAUAUCUGUGUUUCAGAUCCGUUAUCUUUCAUCACCGUCUUUGGCUUUUGACUUUUGUUAUCGAUGAAGCUGAUGAUGAUUUGGUGUAAUAAAUUUAGGGUUUUACUGAACUUGAUCUGGUUUAUGGAUGGAAUUUUAUAUAUAAUUUUGUGAUUA